CACAAAUACCUUGCGUGUAAUUAUGCUCAACGUCUUCAACAGGCACGUUCUUAGCUCAUUUCCAGUCCACUUCGAUGAAGUGGACAAGGCCAAGAUUCUUCCAGUGGGUUAUCAUAUAUUGGCUGACUGCAACCCUCUUACUCUCAUUUGUUGUUAGGUUCAAAUGGAGUCUGGUGUUCGUAGCGAUCCCCAUAUUCUUUCGGACGCCAUUAGCCACCGGUCGUCUGCUGUAGCAGACGUAGCUCAAGUCGACGGAGGCUGUGACUGUAUCUGGUGUAGAUGGAAAAGCAACUGGGCUGGAGAGGCAGGGAGCGGACAGCCGAAUGGAUCCUUCUAUCCCCCCAUCCCCCCGCACGGGGCGUGCCGCUCAUCGAUGGCGACAUCUCAUAUAUCGGGGGCUAACAUAUGUGGUAUCGCAGAGGAAUUGCGCCUCUAUAUCCUUAAUCUUCUUUCGUACCCAGAAAUCAUACGUUGCGCGUUGACAUGUCGAACGCUAUAUAACACGGUCAAAAACUCAGUUGAACUUCAAUAUACCAUCGAACUGGGUAUGCAAAGAUUGAUACCGGUUCAUCCGGGGCCACCUGCUGGCUCCGUGGAGUUCUUGCGCACCCUCAGAGACAAGGCCAGCUCGUGGCGUUCCUUCGAGCUCAAUGCGAUACAAAGGCUUCAUUAUGCAUUUACCACCCGUCGUCACCAUCACGCGCACUUGUAUGGGAUUUUCAAAGCUAUCACCCAUCAACAACUCAGCAUUGUGGCCCUGACCACGUGGCAUGGAGAUGUCAUUUCCAAAGUUAUCGAUCUCAACACGUGUACGCCUGAAACAAUGAAGGCCCCACCCUGCGUGUGGAAAGCGGAUGGUCUAUAUCAAAAUACCGGCACAUUUUCUUGCAUGGAUGAGACGCAAGAUCUCAUGGUCACCGGUGAAAUUCUGAGGGACUCCGACUUCAAAUACCAAAUACGUCUUCGCGCGAUCUCCACGGGUAAGGGACAUCCUUUGGCCCACGAAUGCCGUAUAGUCACUGGUAGAGCCAUGAUUGACGUCAUUGGCAGCGCAGAGUUCAAAUCUAAAUGUGGGAAAGCCGAUGUCCUAGGAGAUCGCAUUGCGCUCCACGAUACAGUGAACGUUGAAGGAGAUCAGAGAUACCGGACGCUGUGUGUAUGGAAUUGGCAUCACGGUGGCCCAGCUGAUGAUGUGUUCUUGUGCGGCGAAGGCGAUGGGGCGUCCGAAAUCCGUUUUGUUACUACGGAGAAGCUUCUGGUUCUCACAUCGCGCGGGCAUAUAGAGCUAUACAAUGUCGAGGAUCUGUCAAAAGCACCGCAGCUUCAAGCAGGCUUUACGCUGCCCGUUAGUUUCGGAGCAUAUUGCCACUUCCAAUUUCCUUCAGUUUUCCACAGUGUCUCAAGUUGCGCGCGUCUCACGCCAAAAGAGGAUUAUUGGAUCUGGACGACAAACCCUGGAGAUCGAGUGAUAUCUGUUGUGUCGUUUCUACGUUCAUCGAUUCUUGUCAUUUCCGCUCGCAUUUUCUUCAUGGAUAUCCCUCCGUCGUGGUUUGAUGCAACCUUAGAAAACGAACGCGUUGUUCCAUGGGCAUCAUGGGGUCCACAGAAUUCCCGCCACUUUCCUCAUCAGAACUGCCGAUUUGGUAUUGGAGGAUCUCGUGUCAUAUGGACAACUCCCGUCUCAGGUUCACCUACUUCACAAUUCCAGUUGCGCAUGGCCGACUUCAAUCCAUUCACCGUAGCGCGAGGUGUCGGCAAGGUAGUUCGGGAACCGUCUUCAAUGGACCCUGAGGUCUCGGACGUGAUAACGCAUCUCCCUUACAUGGAGGUAGCCAGUAACCGUGUUUUUGAUGGCGAUCUAGAUGAUAUCAUAAUGAAUGAGGAGAAGCUAUUGGUAUUUACCAACAACAACAACACUGAGCGGUCACUAUUUGAUGAGCGGAUAGCGAUAGAUAUAAAUGUCGAUAUAAUUGACAUGUAAUGGGUUCUUGGAGUCGUUAAACGUCUAGCCACCAUUUUUCAGACAGUGUUGUACGAUACUCGGACUUGACGGACUUGCGAUCAGUUUCUUAUUCAAUGGACACAUGGCGUGUCUGAUUAAUGUUAGAGUUACUACGAUUGGCGCAGAGAUUAGAGCUAUGGAACAUUUGAGUACUACUGUUUGUCU